AUGAAAUUAAUUGACUUGCGCCGAGAGGUUAUCCAAACCUCCAUCGAUAUCAACCACCAACGCGAAGAUGAUUUUGAAACGCCCCUCACUCGUGCAGUACACAAAAAUCAUGAAAAGAAUGUGAAGCUCCUAUUGGGAAGGAAGGACAUUGAUAUCCACGUCGAAGGGGGACAUCUCCUGCACCAGAACACUGCGCUCCAGUAUGCUGCUAUACAUGACCGAGAGGAGAUCGUGAGAUUGCUGCUUGCUCACUCUAAGAUGGACAUUGCGCAUUCUUCCGAGGCCCUCUGGACUGUUGCUAGCGAGCGUAAUCCCUCACGCACUGCACGCUCCAUGAAAAUUCUUUUGGAGUACGGGCUUGAUCCAAAUAUGACUAAAUAUGGAGAGACCUUGUUAGCAACUGCAGUACAACAUCGCGUGCACGAGAUGCGAGAUUUGCUGAUUGAGGACGAGCGUGUAGAUCUCAACUGUCUACUUCUUUUUGGUCAAUUCAAUGAACCUGUACCUGUCAUAUUGCAGAUUAUGGCGAUGCUUGCCAGCGACAAACUCAAUAGUCUGUUCAAGCACAGAGCUCGGAUUAAUUUCGAGGCUUCGGACCACGAAGGCAGAACUGCUCUACUUCUCAUGGCUGGUAGGGGACAUCUGGAGUGGUGUCAGGAUCUAUUGGAAAAAUAUCCCGAAAUGCCUUUUGUGCCAGACAAAGAUGGUAAUACGCCAGUCUCCGAGGCUUUAUCGAAUGGCAGAUCCAAAAUUUGCGCGCCUUUCUUGCAGCUAUGUGCCAUGGCCUUCAAAGCACCGGAUAGCCAAGGGCAGAUUCCAGCUUUCCAAAUUAUCCGAUGUGGUGACUUGGAAUUAUUCAAGAUGAUGCAUGCACACCUCGGGACCGCCCUGGUUCACUUGAGAGAACAUGGUCGCACCCCUUUUGCCGAAGCAAUUGGAUUUCGAAGGUUUGAAAUGUUCAAUGAUCUGGUAGGCCUCGGUGCGGAUCCUAAUGAAGAGGAUCAUGAAGGUCGUACUCUAUUGAUGCGGGCAGUAGAUCAGAUCGAUAUCGAUAUGGUCGAUAAUCUGCUUGUUCUCGAUGGAAUUGAUAUCGACAGACAAGAUCAGAAGGGUUGGACGGCCUAUGUUUGGGCCAAAUUCCCUCCUCCAAAGUGCAAGGGACUCCAUCGGGGAUACAAGUUGAUUGAAGAAAGGCUUCUGGCCGAAGACGCAAGCAAAGGGCCGUUGGAUGAUCUGGAAAGAACGCGGUGGCCUAGGAAGCUGUGGUAUUCACGAACUGAGCGUAGAGUUUGA